AUGAGCGGCCAAUUUAAAGGCGUGCAGGCGUUUAUUUCAAAUAAAUACCCAACUGCAAUAUACGUACAUUGCGUUUCACAUAGUUUAAACUUAGCUUUAUCAAAUGCAGCUGAAGUAGUUCCAAUUAGAAAUGCUUUUGGCAUUAUCCAAAAAAUAUAUACAUUUUUUAAUACCCCGAAACGGCAAAAUGUCCUUCAAAAUAAUAUCGAAACAUCAACUUAUAAUUCAAAUAAAACGAAAUUAAAGCAACUUUGUCCAACCAGAUGGGUUGAACGUCAUGAUUCGGUUAUUAUAAUGAAACAAAUGUUGUUGCCUGUAGUUGCAGCUUUAGAAGAAAUACAGUCAUGGAAUUGUACAGACUCAUCGUCUAAUGCGUUCUUACUGUUAAGUGGAAUUCGACAAUCAAGUUUUAUUAUUUCACUAUUGUGUGCAGAGAAACUUUUAAGUUAUACUUUACCAAUCAGUAAAAUUCUUCAAUUGAGUGAUUUAGAUAUUUCAGAGGCUUUGAAUAACGUAGACGGUGUAGUAUUCGUUCUUCGUGAGAUACGAAGUAAUGUUGAAAAUGAAUUUAAAAUAAUUUUCGACGAAGCAAACGAAAUUGCUAAUGCUUUAGAACUAACAAUUACUAUGCCCAGAUUAACAAAAAAUCAAACCAAACGAUGCAAUGUACCAGCAGAAAAUGAAGAAGAAUAUUAUAGACGUGCCAUUUUUAUUCCAUGGCUAGAUUAUUUUAUAAAUAAUAUAUCCGACCGAUUUUUAAAGCAUAAAUGUAUUAUUAAAAGUUUUAAGUGUCUUUUACCAACUGGAAAUUCUCCUAAUCAAACAGAAAAAUCACAGUAUUUAAAACUUUUAGAAUUUUAUAAAAAUGAUAUACCAGAAAAUGGUGUUAACGCUGCAGUAGCCGAAUUUGAUUUAUGGUAUCAAAAAUUCCAAUGCCCAAAUCAUUCAUUACCACAUAAUGCAAUCGAUGCAUUAAAUUUGUGUAAUGAUACUCUAUUUGAAACUAUAUUUACACUUUUAAAAAUAUUCUCAACAUUGCCUGUUUCGACCAGUACAACAGAAAGAUCAUUUUCCACUUUGAGAAGAAUAAAAACAUACUUGAGAAAUACAAUGAGUCAGAAUCGACUGAAUGGAUUAGCUAUGCUUCAUAUUCACAGAGAAAUAGAUGUUCAAACUUCAGAAGUACUCUCAGUAUUGGGGAAAAAAGGACCAAGGCGUCUCAACUUUAUAAUUUAA